ACCUGUAAGCUGUAACAUCAAGAACAAGAUCAACAUCUCGUGGAGUCGUGUUUGGACUUUGGAGACGGCGGGCCUGAUUAAGCCCAGAGGAUUGGAGCGACGGAUUAUCUGCUUGAGAGAUUUCUUUGCGAGUUUUUCUGUGGAAAAUAAGACAACUGUGAUGGUGAUGAAUGUAUGCUACGUAUGUGAGAAAGCGAUAAUCCUUGUCAAGUCACUGGAGAUUAUGGUGCUGCCUCUUGAUAUGUUCCAUGAAGAAGCGAAGUCAUUGAGCCUAAAGGUCUCCAUGGUCAAGAGCAAGAUCCAGCUGUUUGGAGACUUGUCAGAUGAAAUAAUGUAAUCUGUACAUGUGUGUGACUGUGAAGAUGUUUUAAAUUAUAGAACCUGCAAGAACCACUACAAUGUUGAGAGCACUGAAUAGAGUGAUCCUUCAGCCUAGGAAACUUGGGCUUGUAAGAAGUAUUACUGAAGCCCAGGUCUGUUUAUAUACCUUUCCUGAAAGGAAUCUUUGCCUGUCCUUUUAUUCUGUCCUUCAUCAAAAGAAUUCUGGGAAGGAAAGUCUGUUCAGUAAAAAGCUUCUAGAGUAUAUAAGAGAAAAUCCUGAAUAUGCUGCAUCUGUCAAAUCCUUGGCUGAUCAAUCUAACCUUAGUAGCAAUGUGUAUGCUUUCAGAGGACAUCAAUUGCAUCUUGUAAUAGCACAUAGUUCAGAAUUGAAACCAAAUUAUAUUCUUGAAUUGUUCACUCAGUACACCUCAGAGAAGCAGAAUAUAGUACAAGAUAUAAUCAGUAAAAAAGGUCUUAUGUCCAUGGUCAAGGAAAGAGUUUUUCAGGCCAUCCCCCUUAUGACUCAAAAUGAACUUAGGGAGUUUGCUGUGAUAAUGAAAAACUUAAAGUUUGAGAGAAGCAGAUAUUUAAUUGAUAUAACAGCAAGAAUUGUCCAGGAAUGUGAUCAGAGAGCUGCAGAGGCUGACCUUGAGCAGUGUCUAGAACUUUUUGAUAUAAUGUUAAUCUUACAUGAAAAAAAUGUCUACAGAAAGAAACAGUUUGAUUUAUUCAUAUCACUCUUUGAAUAUCAUACAUCAACAGCAACACCUCAUCAGCUUGUACAAAUUCUUCACUAUAUUAGUUUUGCAAAGAAAAAUAGCCUUAACAGAGAAUUUUUUCAUGUUCUCAUUACAAAGUUGGAAGAAGUUCUUGAGCAUUUGUCUUUUAUAGAUGGAGGCAUAGCAUUGAAUGGAGUGUUCAAAGGCAAUGUUAAAUUGGAUAAAUCAUCACCACUCAUAAAAAAAGCAGCUAAGUGGUUACAAAUGAAAGCUGAACAGUCAGAAAGACUAAGUGAUCUUGAGUCAUUUGCAUUUGUUGCAAUGGUGAAAGUUAUAAGAGCUGCAAAAUAUCAUGAUAAGCCCCUUUUAUCUUCAGUCAAGGCUUUCAUAAUGAAAUCUACUGUAGACACUCUCCAGCCUGAAGUGAUUGCACAUACAUUAGCUCUAUAUGCAAACAACCAAGUGUAUGAUUUAGAAAUCUUUAAAAAAAUGGAGUCUUUAGUAAUGCAGCACUUGACCAACCCUAAAAAAAGAAUUCGUGUAAAGGAUAUUAAUAGAAUUCUCUGGAGCUUCAGUCAUGUAGGGCAUAAAGAAAGUGACGGCUUUUUAGACGUAAUUGAAAAUCUUCUUACAAGAUAUGUGCACAUGGGCAAAUUGGAGUUUUACCCAGAGCAUCUCUCAGGUUUGCUCUUCUCUAUGGCUGUACUGGGCCACUAUCCAAAGGAACUUAUUAAAGAAGGUUUCCAGCCACAAAAAAUUGAGAAGCUUAAAGGUUACCAAAGAAGUAAACAGCUGUCCCGACUUAUGGCACUACAUCAAGCUAUUAAGAUAGAGGUUCCUGAGAUAAAUGUAGCUAUUCCUGAAACACAUAUGAAUGAUCUGCCCAAGAGGACUUUGUCUGAUGAGAUGCUGUAUCGCCCAGCUCUUGCCCAUCUGAUGAAAGGAGCCAAUUAUAUAAACAAGUCUGUAGGUGCCUCCGUUCUGGAACUGAAAUUUCCCAUACUUUUUAUAAAUUAUGCUAGUCUGGUUUUUUAUCCACAAAGGUUGAAGGACCCCAAUAACAGUGGAAAUUUUGUUUGGAAUCAACUAAAACAUUGUAAGGAGAUCAUAGGUCAAAAGAGGGUGGCAUUUGAAAUCAUAGACUCCCAGUCAAUGCUAGAUGGAAGCAUGGAUGUUAUUGGAAUUGUAAAGAUGAAAUUAAGACUGAUGAGUCAAUGUGGCUGGAUAGUACACAAGCUUCAUGAAGAUGAUAUUAGUAGGUUUAGCAGUGAUGAACAUACAAUGGGAGCAUUUAUACUUGAUACAUUAGCCAAAUGUAAAUUGUAAAACUUUAGAUGUACUUACCACUGUGCAUCAUUUGUUACUUUGUAUUCUGCUAGAGUGGGAUUUCCUAAGUUUAAGUGGAACAUCACUAUGCAUACGCAAUCUGUUCUAGGAAACUGUUCACAUUUUUAUUUUGUGUGAUGCUCCAGAUGAUUGUUUAUUUAAACCUUUAUAAUAAUAUUUUAAACCUAGAAUACAUAAAAAUAUGAAAAAG